GUUUCCAAAUAUUGGGGGGAGAGAGAGCGAGAGAGUGCGCGUAUAAGAGCCGCUGUGUGCCUUCGAGAAAAGUCAUCUCUUCAAUUCUAGCGAUUUGCCUCAUUUCGGGAAUGCGAGGGCUAGGGCUCCUCUGAAUCUACUCCGUCGUUCUUCCUUUCUCCAUUUCAGUGUUUGAUGCUCUUGUAGGGAAUUGAAAAAUGAUCGUGACUGGAGUUUGAAUUUGAUUGAGGAAGCGUGCAAUUUUGAGCAAGUCUUUGUUUCUUUUGUAAGGAUUCGUGUAAAGGUAGCAAUGGCAUGGUUCAGAGCUGGGUCUAGUAUUGCAAAGCUUGCAAUUAGGAGAACUCUGUCAAGGGGCGGAUCUUAUGCUGCUAGAACACGGGUUCUCCCUGCACAGAACCAAUAUUUUCAUACUACUAUUUUCAAACCCAAGGCACAAUCUGCACCUGUUCCUCGGCCUGUACCGCUCUCUAGGCUGACUGAUAGCUUUUUGGAUGGAACAAGCAGUGUCUAUUUAGAGGAGCUCCAAAGGGCUUGGGAGGAGGACCCCAAUAGUGUUGAUGAAUCAUGGGACAAUUUCUUUAGAAACUUUGUUGGCCAGGCAGCUACAUCGCCUGGAAUAUCUGGCCAAACCAUUCAAGAGAGCAUGAGAUUGUUGUUGCUCGUGAGGGCUUACCAGGUUAACGGUCACAUGAAAGCCAAGUUGGAUCCCUUGGGUUUGGAACAGCGUGAAAUUCCUGAUGACUUGGAUCCAGCUCUUUAUGGGUUCUCAGAAGCUGAUCUUGAUCGGGAAUUUUUCCUAGGUGUAUGGAGGAUGUCUGGAUUUUUGUCUGAAAAUCGUCCUGUUCAAACUUUGAGGGCGAUAUUGACCCGGCUUGAGCAGGCUUACUGUGGGACCAUUGGUUAUGAAUACAUGCACAUUGCUGACCGUGAUAAAUGUAACUGGUUGAGAGAAAAAAUUGAGACCCCGACACCAAUGCAGUACAAUAGACAGCGUCGUGAAGUUAUGCUUGAUCGGCUCAUGUGGAGUACUCAGUUUGAGAACUUCUUGGCCACUAAGUGGACAGCAGCAAAGAGGUUUGGUCUUGAAGGUGCUGAGACUUUAAUUCCCGGCAUGAAGGAGAUGUUUGACAGGGCAGCUGAUCUUGGAGUUGGAAGUAUUGUCAUCGGAAUGUCACAUAGAGGAAGAUUGAAUGUUUUGGGUAAUGUUGUUCGGAAGCCCUUACGACAGAUUUUUAGUGAAUUCAGUGGUGGAACGAGGCCUGUGGAUGAGGUUGGCCUUUACACAGGAACUGGUGAUGUCAAAUAUCACCUGGGAACUUCUUAUGAUCGACCAACUAGGGGUGGGAAGAGAAUUCACUUGUCUUUGGUUGCAAAUCCUAGUCACUUGGAAGCAGUAGACCCAGUUGUUGUUGGGAAAACUAGAGCAAAACAAUAUUACUCACAUGAUGUUGAUAGGACAAAGAAUAUGGGGGUCUUAAUUCAUGGCGAUGGUAGCUUUGCAGGACAAGGUGUAGUAUAUGAGACACUUCAUCUUAGUGCACUUCCAAAUUACACUACCGGGGGUACCAUACACAUUGUGGUGAACAAUCAAGUUGCCUUCACUACGGAUCCAAUGUCUGGAAGGUCUUCUCAGUACUGUACAGAUGUUGCCAAAGCCUUGAGUGCUCCUAUCUUUCACGUCAAUGGUGAUGAUUUAGAGGCUGUUGUUCAUGUUUGUGAACUUGCAGCAGAGUGGCGCCAGACUUUCCAUUCAGAUGUUGUGGUAGACAUAGUGUGCUACCGUAGAUUUGGGCAUAAUGAGAUUGAUGAGCCGUCUUUCACACAGCCAAAGAUGUACCAGAUUAUACGAAAUCACCCCUCGGCAGUUGAGAUUUACCAAAAAAAGCUUUUAGAAUCUGGUCAGGUGACUAAAGAAGACAUUGAUAAGAUACAUACCAAGGUCAAUUCAAUCCUCAAUGAGGAAUUUUUGGCCAGCAAAGAUUAUGUGCCAAAAAGGAGAGACUGGCUUUCAGCUUAUUGGUCUGGGUACAAGUCCCCAGAACAGAUUUCACGUAUUCGAAACACUGGGGUAAAGCCAGAGAUUUUGAAGAAUGUUGGGAAAGCAAUCACAACUUUUCCAGAUGGUUUUAAGCCUCAUAGAGCAGUGAAGAAGGUUUUUACAGACCGGGCUCGAAUGAUUGAAACUGGGGAAGGCAUUGAUUGGGCCGUUGGUGAAGCUCUUGCCUUCGCUACAUUGGUUGUAGAAGGAAAUCAUGUCAGGUUGAGUGGUCAAGAUGUUGAGAGAGGUACUUUUAGUCACAGGCAUGCUAUAGUUCACGAUCAGGAAACUGGGGAGAAGUAUUGCCCCUUGGAUCAUCUCAUCAUGAACCAAGAUGAGGAGAUGUUUACUGUUAGCAACAGCUCUCUUUCUGAGUUUGGUGUUCUGGGAUUUGAAUUGGGUUAUUCAAUGGAAAAUCCAAAUGCAUUGGUAUUGUGGGAAGCUCAAUUUGGUGAUUUUGCUAAUGGAGCUCAGGUAAUUUUCGAUCAGUUUUUGAGCAGUGGGGAGGCAAAGUGGUUGCGUCAGACUGGACUUGUUGUCUUGCUACCUCAUGGUUAUGAUGGACAAGGUCCUGAGCAUUCAAGUGCACGGUUGGAGCGCUUCCUUCAGAUGAGUGAUGAUAAUCCCUAUGUUAUACCAGAGAUGGAUCCAACGCUCCGAAAGCAGAUCCAGGAAUGCAAUUGGCAGGUUGUGAAUGUGACUACUCCUGCAAAUUAUUUCCAUGUUCUGCGGCGUCAGUUACACAGGGAAUUCCGUAAGCCUCUAGUUGUGAUGGCGCCAAAGAACUUACUUCGACACAAGGAAUGCAAAUCAAAUCUAUCUGAAUUUGAUGAUGUCCAAGGCCAUCCAGGUUUUGACAAACAAGGUACUCGGUUUAAGCGCCUUAUAAAGGACCAGAACGACCACUCGGAUCUUGAGGAGGGCAUCAGACGUUUGAUUCUUUGUUCAGGAAAGGUUUAUUAUGAGCUUGAUGAGGAGAGGAAGAAAGUUGCUGGCAAGGACAUCGCGAUAUGCAGGGUGGAACAACUUUGCCCCUUCCCAUAUGACCUUGUUCAGCGUGAGCUGAAGCGGUAUCCAAACGCGGAGGUUGUUUGGUGCCAGGAAGAGCCGAUGAACAUGGGUGGAUACACCUACAUAUUACCGCGCCUUGGCACUGCAAUGAAAGCACUGGGCAGGGGUACCAUGGAUGACGUAAAGUAUGUUGGCCGGGCUCCUUCCGCUGCCACGGCCACCGGGUUCUACACGAUGCACGUCCAGGAGCAGACUGAACUGGUACAGAAAUCUGUGCAGCCGGAGCCUAUUAACUAUCCGUGAAAUUGUCUUUCCAGAGGCUGAAGGUGCGGAGAGAUCUGACGCCAUGUUGAAAAAACUCUGGUAAAUUCCUUAUCAGUUCUUCAGAAAGAGGCGCUGGAUGGAUGAUUUUUGUUUUGAUAGAUAUAAUCUGAAGUGCAACAAAAUAAUGUUGGAAGAACCCUCUUCUAUGUUGAAUUUGAUCGAUGUUUUUGAGUAUAGGCAUCACACACAGGAGGGUGGGAUCUAUGUGUUGAGUUGAUUUGUUUUGGCUUGUUUUGCCAAAUAGCUUGCCUUCCGUUUGGGAAGUGGUUGAAUUGUAUCAAACAUCAUGGUGAAACACAUAAUUGCUUUACACAGAGCAAAUCUAUAGGAUACCCAUUUGAUUAA